AUGGCUGUGGAUUACCUGACGGGCGCGAUCAUCAUGACUCCCAGCAGCAGCAGCAAGCACACUGGGGCCACUGGGGCCAUUGGGGCCACUCCCACUCCCACCCUUGCUGCCAGUAUCACGAACAACAACACCACCAGCAGCACUGGCGCCAGCAGCGUGGUAAGGACGCCAAUGCAGCAUCUGGCUGCUGCCGCCGCCGGGGGAAGCGGGGCUGCAAGCACAGCUGGGUGCAGCGGUGGUGGCACGGGUCACAGUGGCACCUUCAUGGCUCGUGGUAACACCACCACGGCGAAUUCGGGGGAGAAUGCGGCACCACUGGCGCUGCGUCAAGUGGGAUCCGCUCAGCAGCUCUCAUCAUCUGCCGCCGCGUUUCCUGCGGCGAGCUGCGGCCGUCACGUGGCUGUGGCUGGGGCGAAUCCGGGUCCGAGAACCAGCGCGCCUGUGGCGCUGGCGGCGCUGUUCCCGCAGUGGGCGGCGGUGGAUGCGGAGCAGCUGAGGCGCGUGCCCCAAGACGUGAUGCCGGAGGAUGCGCACUGCUGGCUGAAAUACGGAGAGAAACGCCUCCUGAGGCGCGGCGUGCCCCAAGACGUGAUGCCAGAGCACGUGCACUGCUGGCUCAAGUUUGGCGAGAGAAGACUCGUCAAAUUUGCUUGCCACAGGUCGUACUUCCGCUGUGCGCGCUCCACGUGCCUUCCUCUGCCUGCUCACAUCCUGCGGCCAGGGGGUGUGGAAGGAUGCUUGGAGGUGCACUGUGGUGCAGCCGUUGCCUCGGCAGCAGCAGCAGCAGCAGCAGCAGCAGCAGCAGCAGCAGCAGCAGCAGCAGCAGCAGCAGCAGCAGCAGCAGCAGCAGCAGCAGCAGCAGCAGCAGCAGCAGCAGCAGCAGCAGCAGCAGCAGCAGCAGCAGCAGCAGCAGCAGCAGCAGCAGCAGCAAGCGCAGCAGCAGCAACUGAGGCAACCGAAGAGGCAGCAGCAGCCUCUUAA